UUCUGCAUCUUUUAUAGAGCUAAUUAGGUGAAAAUUAAUGCGUUUUCUUUCUUUUAGGAUCUGAUUCCUGAUCUUCUUUUAAAAACUUUUCCUUUCUUCUGGUCUUUUUUUUUCCCACUUAUCAUGUCAAUUGAAACGUUUGGAAAUUCAAGCAAGUUUGUAUUUUUAUGCUUUCAGUAUAAUUGUUUUCCGCCAUGUAUUUUAAUAAAAUUUACUCUUUAAAAAAAUUCAAAUUGGGAUUUUCUGUUUCAUCUCAUUGUUGCAUAAAAUUAUUGUGAUGAUAUCAGUAUAGAUUUUUUUUUCUGUUCAAAUGAUUCGGUUUUGAGUAUUAUUUGUCUGAAAACUUAUUUUCUGAGAAGGAAAAAAAAACCAAAACUAUAUAGGAAUAAUUGCUAGUUUUGAUACUUUUGUUUAACAAUACUAUUUCGGAUUUGUACACAGUUUUCUUUUACAUUUAGGUUCGAGAUUUAGUUUUCCUUUAUGUUUUUUUCUGUUGGCUCAAUAGCAAUAAAAGGUUGGAUUUUUGGGACCAGAGUUUGGAUCUUUCUUGUUCAUGAAUUAAGCUUUUGUUCAAGAUUUUAAUGGCUUAUUUGUCUGAGCCAUCAUCUUCUUUGAGUUUCAGUUCAUCUUCUCAUCUAUCAAAUGGCUCAAUCACUCACAAUAUACCCCCUUUUUCUGUUCCUGAAACUGGGGCUAACCUUGAAGCUUUAAGUUUGACCAAGCUCAGCUCUAGUUUGGAGCAACUAAUUGUUGACAAUUGUCCUGUUUUUAGUGAUGCUGAUAUAGUUGUUGAAGGUGUUGCUGUUGGUGUUCAUAGAUGUAUUUUAGCUGUUAGGAGUAAGUUUUUCAAUGAGGUUUUUAAGGAAGGAUCUGGGUCUUCUGAGAAAGAUGGAAAGCCAAGUUAUAACAUGUCUGAGUUGUUGCCUUAUGGCAAGAUUGGACUUGAAGCUUUCCAGGUGUUCUUGAGUUAUUUGUAUACUGGAAAGCUCAAGCCUUCUCCUAUGGAGGUUUCAACUUGUGUUGAUAAUGUUUGUGCUCAUGAUGCUUGUCGACCCGCCAUAAGUUUCGCCGUGGAGUUGAUGUAUGCAUCAUCCAUAUUUCAAAUACCGGAGCUUGUUCCACUUUUUCAGCGGCGGCUUCUUAACUUCGUUGAGAAGGCUCUCCUAGAGGAUAUCAUCCCAAUCCUCGUGGUUGCUUUCCACUGUCAAUGCAGUCAGCUAGUUUCUCAAUGUGUUGAUAGAGUAGCAAGGUCGGAUCUUGAUAGCAUCUGUAUCGAGAAAGAGCUUCCUUAUGAAGUUACGGAGAGUAUUCGGUUGCUUCGCCGCAAGUCUCCCUCUGAUGGUGAAGGCAAUGAGGCAGUGGUUGAUCCUUUGCAAGAGAAAAGAAUUCGGAGAAUACAUAAAGCAUUGGAUUCUGAUGAUGUCGAACUUGUUAAAUUACUUUUAACUGAGUCUGACAUAACUUUGGAUGAUGCUACUGCACUCCAUUAUGCUGCAGCAUAUUGUGACCCCAAAGUUGUCUCUGAGGUACUUGGCCUGCGUCUGGCUGAUGUCAAUCUGCGGAAUUCUCGUGGUUACACAGUUCUUCACAUAGCUGCAAUGCGAAAAGAACCAUCGGUGAUAAUGGCACUUCUAGCAAAAGGGGCAUCUGCCUCAACACUGACAUUUGAUGGACAAAGUGCUGUUAACAUCUGCCGGAGGUUGACAAGACCAAAGGAUUAUCAUGCCAAGACAGAGCAAGGGAAGGAAACGAAUAAAGACCGGAUAUGCAUUGAUAUUUUAGAGAGGGAAAUGAGGAGAAAUCCAAUGGCUGGAGAUGUUUCUGUUGCUUCCCAUGCAUUGUCUGAUGAUCUGCAUAUGAGACUUCUGUACCUAGAGAAUCGAGUGGCAUUGGCAAGGUUACUUUUCCCUAGUGAAGCAAAACUAGCCAUUGACAUAGCACAUGCCGAAACAACCUCCGAGUUAGCUACUGGCUUUCCAUCAAAAUGUUCAAAUGGAAACUUAAGGCAGGUUGAUUUGAAUGAGACACCCAUUAUGCAGAAGCAAAGACUUCUUGCUAGGAUGCAAGCCCUUAUGAAAACAGUGGAGAUGGGUCGGCGCUAUUUCCCUCAUUGCUCGGAAGUGCUCGAUAAGUUCAUGGAGGAUGACCUUCCUGAUUUGUCUUACCUUGAGACUGGCACCCCGGAAGAGCAAAGGAUAGAGAGAUCACGCUUCAGGGAGCUUAAGGAGGACGUUCAAAGGGCAUUUAAGAAGGACAAGGCCGAGUUUAACCGCAACGGUUUGUCUUCAUCAUCAUCGUCAUCUUCUUUCAGAGAUGGGGGCCCCUACAAGUAUAGGAAAUUGUGAUUAUAUCAGUAAGGAUUUCUUGUGAGUAAAACUUAUAACUCUUCUCUGCUUCUGUCUACUACCUGUCGCCAGGGAUAACUUGUUUGAUAACCUAUCCUCUGGUGAUAAAGGUAACCAAACUUAUACAUACACCAUUAAAGAUCUAUAGGAAGUUUAUGUUCUUUAGUGACUUAGAGAACUAUGAUAAUAGAAAUUUUCAACUGAUUCAUCUCUUUUAA